AUGCUCACGCGUCUCCUAGACACCGUCACGGCCUUCCGCCAGCAACACCCCGCGUCCUUCCACCUGUUCACGGCCGCAGUUGUCUACGCAUCGGUCGCCUGGGCGGUUCUCGAGUUCUUCAAGCCGAUAGGCAAGCGAAGGGCGAAGAAUAGUACGAAACAGAGGCUACCUCCGGGCCACCCCGGAGCGCCCCUCUUUGGCUAUUUGCUCGAUCUAAAGAAGGCGGAUGGCCCUUCGCUGAGAUCAAAGGUGCUUCUCAACUCGCACCGCGUCACCGAGGAGCUAAUCGCCAAGAGGGGUAGCCAGACGAACACGCGGUCCCCCAUGCCGGUGUCGAGCGGCCUCGUCAGCCGGGACCGGCGCUCGCUGCUGCUCCCGGCUGACGAGUGGACGGAGCGGCGGCGGGUGAUGCACGGGCUCCUGAACGGCACGGCGCUGAGGCAGUACGGCGCCUGGCAGGAGCAGGAGAGCGCGCAGAUGAUGGCCGAGUACGUCCUGCGGCCCGACAGGUGGUACAGGCACCACUACCGCUACGCCAACUCGGUCGUGGUCCGGAUCGCGCUGGGCGAGCGGCCGCACAAGUCCAGGAGGGAGCUGGAGGAGAUGCAGAACGCCGUGGCCUUCUUCGUCGGCAGCAUCGGGCGCAGCAUCGUCGACUGGUUCCCGGACCUGGCGCGUCUGCCGCGCCGCCUCCAGGUCUGGCGGCCGUACUGGGCGGCGCUCCGCCGCUGGAACCACGACCUCUACAGCAAGUGGUACCACCCCGUCAGGGACAGGGUGCGCGACGGCACGGCGCCGCCCUCCUUUGUGCGGGACCACCUCAUGCACCCGGACACGCGGUUCAGGGGCGACGACGACGACCUCAUGUACAUGGCCAUGCAGCUGAUCGAGGCCGGCAGCGACACCACGCGCGAGGCCCUCAACAUCAUGGCCAUGGCGGCGCUGGAGCGCCCCGAGGCCUUUGCCGCGGCCCGCGCCGAGGUCGACCGCCUCUGCGGCGCCGGCCGCGACGCCAGGCCGCCCGUCCUCGCCGACAUGGCAUCGCUGCCCUACGUCUGCGCCACGGCCAAGGAGGUCCUCCGCCGGCACCCCAUCUUCCCGCUCACGCCUGACCACGUCGCCUCCCAGGACAUCGAGUUCGAAGGCUACUACUUCCCCGCCGGCACGGGCUUCACCAUCAACGGCGUCGCCGUGUGCGACGAGUGCAACGACCCGCGCGUCUUCCGGCCCGAGCGAUGGCUGGACGGCCACGAGACCGACAUCGCCCACGGCCUGUGGCAGUUUGGCGGCGGCGGCCGCAUCUGCGUCGGUUACCGCCUAGCGCAGCGCAGCCUGUUCAUCAACAUCGCCCGCCUGGCGCAGUGCGUCGACUACAGACCGACCAUGAGCUCUUUGGGACGUCCGUCCUCGGCAGUUCUCAUUGGGUUUAGUGUUGCCCGAAACAACGAAGUCGUGAACUAG